AAGCCUGCUUUGAACCAAACAGGACUAAUUUAAUAGUACACCGCGAAGAAACAGAAAAGCUGCAAUUGUGUCUUUUGUUUUUGCUGUGAUUGCCGCGCAGGGCUAACGCAAGGAACCAUAUGCUUUACUUCUCUUCGAUUCUCUGCUCUCCUUGCCUCUUAUACGUCCUCUGCUGCCCUCCAAUGGCUGCCUCUCUUCUUCCUCCAGCUCGUAGAUUUUCCAGGCCACAAUGGAAGAUGUUCUCCUCCACGGCGACCUCGACCUGUAUAUUCUCCAAGCCAGCAACCUGCCGAACAAGGAUAUGUUCACGGAGCAGCUCCGCCGCUGCUUCACUGCCUGCGGCCUCUCCCUCCCUUUCCGAUCCAAGACUCGAAGUCCUAACCACCAUCACCACCCGGAAGCUCACAUCGCCAAAGCCAUCACUAGCGAUCCCUACGUUGCCGUCCUCGUUGCCGGCUCCACCGUCGCUCGAACCCAAGUCAUAUCCAACGAGCAAAACCCUCGAUGGAACCAACACUUCUACUUACCGCUUGCUCAUCGCACACCUCACAUCGAGUUUCGCGUCAAGGACAACGACGUCUGCGGCGCCCAGCUCAUUGGCACCGCCUCCGUUCCUGCCGGCGAUGUGGCUGCAGCCGGAGAGCUGAUCGAAAAAUGGCUUCCGAUUCUUGGGCCCUCGGGGACCGCCCUCAAACACGCACCCUUGCUCUAUGUGAAGCUCCGUUUCACCCCUGUAGGUAAAAAUCCCGUCGCCGGAAAUCCCCACAGGCUUGGGGUUCAGGGGACGUACUUUCCGGUGAGGAAGGGCGGGAUGGUGACGCUUUACCAGGAUGCUCAUGUGAAGGAGAUGGAUCUGCAGCCGAUACAGCUUGAAGAAGGGAGGGUCUUUCAUCAGGGAACUUGCUGGGAGGACAUGUGCCAUGCCAUUCUUGAAGCCCAUCGACUGAUAUAUAUUGUUGGAUGGUCGAUUUAUGACAAGGUAAGGCUGGUUCGCGAGCAAACCCGGCCAUUGCCGGCCGGUGGGAAACUUACCCUGGGGGAGCUACUUAAGUACAAGUCUGAGGAAGGUGUUAGGGUUUGCUUGCUAGUUUGGGAUGAUAGGACUUCGCAUGAUAAAUUCCUCAUCAGGACGGAAGGAGUUAUGCAAACCCAUGAUGAAGAUACCAGAAGGUUUUUUAAGCAUUCAUCAGUCAUUUGUGUGUUGUCGCCUCGUUAUCCUAGCAACAAGCUUAGCAUUUUUAAGCAACAGGUUGUGGGGACCAUUUUUUCACACCAUCAGAAAUGUUUGCUUGUUGAUACGCAUGCUUCUCCAAAUAUGAGAAAGAUCACUGCUUUCAUUGGAGGCCUUGAUCUUUGUAAGGGCCGCUAUGACACGCCAGAACACAGGCUUUUUAAAGAUUUGCAAACUGCUUUUUUAGAUGAUUUUCACAACCCUGCAAUUCCUCCAGGAACUAGAGGCCCGAGACAACCAUGGCAUGACUUGCAUUGCAAAAUUGAAGGGCCUGCUGCUUAUGAUGUACUUAAGAACUUUGAGCAACGCUGGCAUACGGCAAACAAAUUAUGGUUAUUUCAAAACAAGAAAUGGAAAUCUUACUGGAAAGAUGAUUCACUAAUAAAGCUAGAGCGCAUUUCAUGGAUACUCAAUCCUUCCACUGUUCCAGAUGAUGAUCCGAGUCUAUGGGUUUCUAGUGAAAAUGAUUCUGAAAGCUGGGAUGUACAGAUUUUUCGAUCCAUAGACUCAGGUUCAGUGGCAGAUUUUCCCAGACACGCUCAUUAUGAAGAGAGUCAGCAUCUGUUUUUUAGAAAGAACGUGGCGAUUGACAAAAGCAUCCACACAGCAUAUGUUAGGGCCAUCAGAUCUGCAGAGCACUUCAUUUAUAUUGAAAAUCAGUAUUUUAUCGGUUCUUCCUAUGACUGGGCAGAUUACAAGAGUCCUGGAGCUGAUAAUUUAAUUCCCAUGGAAUUGGCAUUAAAGAUUGUAAGCAAAAUUAGGGCUGGCGAGCAGUUUGCAGUAUAUGUUGUCAUACCAAUGUGGCCAGAAGGAGAAAGAGAUUCAGGCUUUAUUAAAGAAAUUCUUUAUUGGCAGGGCCAAACAAUGAAGAUGAUGUACAACAUUGUUGGGCAGGAGCUCAAAUUCAUGAAGCUGGAGAAGGCACAUCCACAAGAUUAUUUAAACUUCUAUUGCCUUGGAAAACGAGAAAAAAAACCAAAUCAACAACCACAGGCUAUGAACCAACAUUCGGCAAAAAAUAAAGCUGAUGCUGCAACUUCGUUUGAAGAAUUCCAGAGAUUUAUGAUUUAUGUUCAUGCAAAAGGGAUGAUAGUAGAUGAUGAGUAUGUGAUUUUGGGAUCUGCCAAUAUAAACCAAAGAUCUCUAGAUGGGUCAAGAGAUACUGAGAUAGCCAUGGGUGCAUAUCAACCGCAUCAUACUUGGGCACAAAAGCUGCGACAUCCUCGAGGACAGGUAUAUGGGUACCGAAUGUCUCUUUGGGCUGAGCAUCUCGGUAUGCUCCGACCUUGCUUUGUAGAUCCCCAUAGUUUGGUUUGUGUACAAACAGUGAACAAGAUAGCCGAUGAAAACUGGAUACUAUAUAAUGAGAAGCAAAUGAUUCCAUUACAAGGGCACCUUAUUAAGUAUCCAAUCAAGGUGGAUGCUUCUGGUAAUGUGGGGUUGCUCGCUGGCCAUGAAUGCUUUCCUGAUGUUGGUUUUAAGGUAUUAGGAGAGCAUGUUCCCACCCUUCCGGAUGAAUUAACAAUGUAGUUAUUCUUAAAGGCUACCAUAAUUAAUAAGCAAGAUGGUCUUCUCUAUAAAAUCUGUAGUUGAUUUCAGUCUCUUACAGGCUCUGUGAUGCAUAUAAUUAUAAGGAUGGAUAUGUCAGAUGAGUUUACUUUGGCUAUUCAGUUUCAACGAUGUCUUUCUGCUAAGAAAACUCAUUUCGCUAUUUUUUUUUU